UCUUCUGAUGUUUCAGUUUAAACAUGGCACCAUUUGGAGUCAAGGUCGUGUGCGUGGAACCUGGUUUCUUCAAAACAGACAUGAGUGAUUUAGAGCUGGUGAAGAAAAACUUUAAAAGGCUCUGGGAUCGAUUACCUCAGAAUGUGAAGGACGAUUACGGCCACAGUUUCCUGGGGCAAAUUUGUCAAAGACUGGACGACAAGGUAAAGAAUCUUUUUGACAAAGACCUAAUGAAAGUGGUUCGCUGCAUGGAACAUGGCAUCUGCGCUGUUCACCCUCGCACACGCUACUCUCCAGGAUGGGAUUCCAAGUUUUUCUGGCUGCCUCUUUCAUAUGCACCCACAUGGAUCUCGGAUAGAAUUUUCCUUAGAAAUUCUCCCAAACCGAAAAAAUCUGUACUUUAGAUUUACUACCAAAGCCAGGAUUAGAUUAUACGAACCUAGUGACACAACAACUCAGACUUUUAUAUAUUCUAGCUUCUUAUUCAUAUUACUACACAGAUUUUAAAAUGUUUUAGUACUGCAAAUUAAAGUUAAUCUGGACUGAUAUGUGAGUUAACAAUGUGAUUCUA